CGGACAAGACGGAACGCCGUGACAUUUGCCGCCUGUCUGUCAAGUCCGUGUGCUGCUCGCUCGUCAGAACAAAGUGUAAUCAUUUUCAUUCUGCAGAUUUUUGCGUAACUUUCGCCAGUGGAAACAGCAGAAGCAGCUGUCACAGACCCCCCAGGAGCAGGUUCCGCAAGUUUAGUUUCCCUCAGAAAGCCGAGAAAGAUGUUUGGAAUAACCCGACAGUACCUGUGGUGUGCCAUCCCACUGGCCGGAUACGGUUUCGGAUGGUUCCUGGACAACAAGGAAACGGAACGGAUGACCAUGUUCCGGGAUAAGAGUGCGCUCUAUGGACGAGUGCUGAAGGAAGGAGAGAAGCCCUCGUGGCCCUAAAUGGCUAAGUCUGCGUACAGCUUGAUGGAUAGAGAAAAAUAAAUGUUUCAUUAACAAAUAACUUAUAAA